CUGACCUCGAACUCGUCUCGACAUGUCAAGUCGAUCUAUAAGGCUCUAGUCACUGGCAAAGCUAUUUGUACGAGCAGUGUCUUGUCAACGCAACCCAAUGAUGUAGCAACCAGGUACGCCAGCGGGAGAUCAGUGUACAGAGAGGAUUACGAAGUUCGACCAUCCGCUCUAUUUGAUGUUGCGGAAAGUCUUGAUGACAGGCCGAUAUCAGUUGGCUCAAAAUUCUCUACAGGAAAUUUCGUAUAGGUCCGCUUUUUGUUAUUAUCUUGAAACUCGAAAAAUAAGCUCCAUCACAACUACAUACUUUCUAUCACCAACACAAUUUUUGAUCGUCAUCUCGUUCUUUUGUCGCUGUGUUCCUGCCUCACCGCGGAGACUUUGGUCAUGGAUAACCAAUCGCACUAUGCUAUGAGCACAACACCAUCGUUUCCAUUCGAGCUGCACUAUCUCAAAGCCUUAUAUCUAAAUCACCAGUAUAAAGAGUGUGCGCGCAGAUGCGAGGAGUUGCUUGAUCACAACCAGGAUGAACCAGCACAUGUCAUCUUCCUCAACUUCUAUGCUGCCCUUUCUCAUGAAGGUCUCGCCAGAAUAAUGCAUAUCUUCUCUGUGUGGAGACUGCCCAAAAUCAUCGCAGCUGAGUCGGCAUAUCACAGAGCUUUGCAAGCAUGCACAGCUGAAGAGCGCCUCCUUGAAGAGAGGAUGACACUCUUCGUGCCGGGAUUUGCCUUUGAUCAGUCUUUUCAUAGACCUACAGCUGCCGAAAAGUCUGAUGCGCGCAAAAGGAAGAGCAAGCCCUCUCUUGCGCAUCUGGGUCUAGGACUUGAGUCCUUCCACACCAAGUCCAACAAGCGAGCUGAGCGUGUCAACUUCAGCUGGCCACGCUCAUUUACUCCUUUGUCCUGUGAGACUGUCAAAGCAAUCCAGUACAGUGUAUGUCAAGACAUGGUCGCCCCCCUUGAAGACCCAUUCACGGUAUCUUCACCCGAGCCGUCGAGCGGCGCAACGUCAGUCCAAGAUACGCCGAUCAAGAGCGACAAUCUCAGCGCAAAUAGAAAAGGCGCAUUGCACUCUCCUCAUCCUCCAUCUCCGACACCGUCUUACAGAUCGAUUCAGCCCACUGUCUCCAGUGCCCAAUCAGCUUACGCCAACCACAUCACCGCCAUCUACACUCAGAUAAUCAGCCACCUCGACCAUUUGCUCGACCUGAAACAGUCCACCACUACAGAGCAAGCCGAGCGUGUCCGCCGCCAGAGUGGAUCCAUGCUUUCUAAGCACAGCACCAAGCCGAAGCUACCACAGUCGCGCAGUUUCUGGAGUUUCAAGGAUCCUGAGGCGGAGGCAAAGGAGAGAGUCACAAGAGUCGAGGAGGGUAGAGCUAAAGGCUGGAGAACUGAGAGAUUUGAGCCGAAGAGAUACAUGGAAUUGGCCGAAGAAGCGCUAGCGGAGCUAGAAUCGUAGAGACCAUUCGGCUUACAUUGUGAAGGCGAAGCACAUAUCGAGGGAAUUCAGGAGAGGUACAUACACUCACUAACAGGUUGAUUCUCUGACUUCGGAUAGACAUUCACCUUUUACAGUGAAGACCCGAGCUUCUUUUGUAUAAUCAUAAAUGAAUGGCAUUCAUAAGGUCACUAACAAGUAACUCU